AUGGCACCCUCCAGCGCGAGAUCUAGCGCUAACUUCUCGCAAUUACCGCGUGGGCCCUCAGGGAGAAAAGCCAAACAGCAAAACAGGCAAUCUUGGACCGACAAGAAGUUAAGCCUGCUUUCGCACCUCCGACACCAGCAUCGCUGGUCGUUCAAGCAAAUCCAGGAGUCAUAUUUCCCAUCACGCUCACCAAGUGCCCUCUUAGGAGCUUACUGGCGCUUAUCUGCUGAAGAUCGUAUCCGCUUAGCAUCAAGGGUGGCGGCGCUAGCUACAAACGCUCACUCUAACAAGGGACAAAGCCAUCUUCAACGUAACGCUCGUCCACCCUCCCAGUCGAGAAGCAACAUCUCGACUUCGACCUUAUCCGCAUCCUGCUCUACCACUGGUGACGAACCAGCGGCAAUCGACAAUAGUAACACAAAUCGCUAUAACCUUCGGCCGAACCGACCUACAACUUCCCGGAAACGGAAACCGCGAUAUACGGUUGAUCGUGUCCGUUUCCCUCACUUUUUCGAGUCGUACAGCCGUCAUCUUAGGCCAAGCGAGUUAACAGAUUUACCAGAUAGCGAGUACGCUCCUCCAUCACACACCCCUACUCCAAGCUUGUCGGACCGCAGCCCGUCCGUCAUCUCGAGUCUGCCCAGCCCAGCGUCAAGUCUAGAGCUCUUUGGGCUAGAAGCGCGUUCUCUUAACUCCUCAGACCGUGAUUCCUCGGUCACCUCUGACUGA